UUCAAAGGCUAGCGAAGAAGAGCGUUUGAAGCAAUGGCCAAGGCAACAUUUGCAAGAGUUUUACUUGUUGUUGCAUUAUCUAUGUCCAUAUCAAUAUGGCCUGCAUGCUCACUAAAUUUGCUGUCAUUAGAUUAUUACGAAAAGUCUUGUCCCAUGGCACUUUCAAUCAUAAAGUCUGGAAUGGAAGCAGCAGUUGCCAGAGAAGUUCGAAAUGCAGCUUUGGUUUUACGCUUACAUUUUCAUGACUGCUUCGUCCAGGGUUGUGAUGGUUCGGUGCUGCUCGAUGACACACCCACUUUCACAGGGGAAAAGACAGCCAGCCCAAACAUAAAUUCUCUUCGAGGAUUUGAAAUUAUUGAUGACAUCAAAGAACAAUUGGAGAAAGUGUGUCCUGGAGCUGUUUCAUGUGCCGACAUACUUACAGUUGCUGCUCGUGAUGCAGUUAUACUGAAUGGAGGACCUUACUGGCACGUUCCCCUUGGAAGGAAAGACUCAAGGACUGCAAGCUUGGUUGAAGCAAACACCAAUAUCCCUACCCCAAAUUCUACUCUUGCAGUUCUUAUUCGAAAGUUUCUAUUUCAAGGCCUUACACCUAUAGACUUGGUUGCUCUCAGUGGUGCUCAUACAAUUGGACAAGCUCGGUGCACAAAUUUUAGGGAUAGAAUUUAUGGUAGUGAUGCAAAAGAUACACGCUUUAGUUUAUUGAAAGCCAGUUGUCCUCUAUCUGGUGGGGACAACAACAUAUCACCCUUGGAUUUUGUAAGCCCAACUGUAGUGGACAACGCUUAUUACAAGAACUUAGUGAAUGAACGAGGACUUCUCAUCUCUGACCAGGAGUUAACCAGGUUUGGAAGUGUAACCUCUGCACUUGUGAAGCACUACGCUGAUGAUCCUCUCGCAUUUUGGAAUCAGUUUUCAGAUUCCAUGGUUAGCAUGGGGAAUAUCGUAAAUCCCCUUACUUUUCUCACUGGUGAAGUCAGGAAGAAUUGCCGCCGUGUUAAUUAAGAAUAAGGAAAAUGCUCAGGGGAGUUGAUUGUUUUGAUUCCAAAAAAAUGUAUCGGAAUCAUCAAUAAAUUCAGUUUAAUAGCUGAAAUCGACUUUUUUCUUUUGUUUUCUUAAUAGUUAUACUGAGAAGUGAUGGCCUUUAUCCAAGCUCUCACACAGAAGUAAAACACAGUAUUUGGCUGUUUUAUCUAUAGUUUUUUUUAGAUAUGGGUAUAUCAAUUAGGACAAGGAUUAUUCAGCAUCCUGGAUGUAUAUGAAAUUCAAAAUUAUGUUAUAUUUUAAAUUUCAAUUAAUAAAUAUAAUUAAAGGCGUAUUCAAUU